GGUCGCUGCGGUGGCGGUGGCUGAGGCAGGGCUGGGCCUCCCUGUUGGUGGGCCUCUCUGCUUGUUCUCUCUGCUCCUCUGCUAUCGUCUCCGUGGCCCCUGGGAGCUCAUCACUCCCCUCCCCGGGGCCGCUGGCUGGACGGCAGCUGGCAGAGCGAUGGGCACCUCGCCCCGUCUCCCCUCCCCCCGCCCCGUUGCCCCGCCUGCGCUAGGCUGGGCGGCGGGGUCAGGGGCCGAGCGGAGCGGGGUGAGUAUUCCCACAGCCUUUGCUGGUCCCUCUUCCCGGCUGUGCUUCCCGCACGGUCCUCGCCCCACUCCUGGGAUGUUAUCAUCUAGUAUGGAAGAAGAUGAGUUCUUCGGAGAAAAAACAUUCCAGAGUUUUUGUGCAGAAUUCAUCAAACAUUCACAGCAGAUAGGUGAUGGUUGGGAAUGGAGAACUUCGAAGGACUGUUCUGAAGGCUACAUGUGCAAAACACAUUUUCAAAUUAAACCUGGGACACAGGUGUCACAUCCAGAAACAUCUGCCCAUGUGCAGACAUGUCUUCCCAUGGAGGAGGCUUUAGAGCUACCCCUGGAUGAUUUUGAAGUGCCUGAGACUACAACGGGCAGCGAAGUGAUUAAAUAUGAGUAUCAUGUCUUAUACUCCUGUAGCUACCAAGUGCCUGUGCUUUACUUUAGGGCAAGCUUUUUAGAUGGAAAACCUUUAGCUCUGAAGGACAUAUGGGAAGGAAUCCAUGAGUGUUAUAAGACACGGCUGCUGCAGGAGCCAUGGGACACCAUUACCCAACAGGAGCAUCCAAUACUUGGGCAGCCCUUUUUUGUACUUCAUCCCUGCAAGACGAAUGAAUUCAUGACUCCUCUGUUAAAGAAUUCUCGAAAAAUCAAUAGGAGUGUCAACUAUAUCACGUCAUGGCUGAGCGUUGUAGGGCCAGUUGUUGGGCUAAAUCUACCGCUGAGUUAUGCCAGAACAACCUCUCAGGAUGAAUGAAAUGUCAAUUGACAAGGCCUUUUCCAGUUCUAUGUAUAGCUCCAACAAGCUGGACUGACUUCUUAACAUUUGUCUGGGCAUUCCCCUGAGCCUCCUGGCAGUUAAGAAUAUCCAGGAGAUGUGUGUUCACGAGGCAGCCCACUUGGAGGAAGCAGUCAGGGAGAGGGGAUUAUCUGCUGGCCGAUCACAGAAGACUGUGCCCGCACUUUUGGUCUGUAGGUUUCGGGGCUGAGCUCUCACACAGGGAGCAGAAGUAGAGAACGGGUUAAUUCAAACUGCUAGAAAAGCUGAAAGUAAAUUUUAAAAUGCUGAGCUGCACAUAUUCAUGCUGGGAUGAGAGCCUGCUUACAUGCUUGCUGGGCAUUUUGGUAUUUACCACUUAACAUCUUUUCAACUUCUGCAGGGAUUUUUCCCCCCACUCUCCCUAAUGUAAACACAGAUUUCUCAGCAAGUCAUUUCUCAGACCAUGUCAUUUCUAGGGUAAAAAAACCCUAAAUAAAUUAUAAUAAUGUGUCAUCUGGAUGAUGUACUUGUCUGGAAAUAAUAGUUAUCCUUUGCUAACAGAUUCUGAGAUGAUAGUAGUCAAUCACUGUACGGACAGCAUGUAGGUUUUUUGUUGGUGUUGGUGUUGUUGUUUUUAAGUUAGUUGUUUUUUUUUUUUUCUGAUUGAUGACGACUUUAAAAUCCAUCAGUAGCAAGAAAAAGUUCCAAAAAGCUCUUACAGGUUCUAGAGACCUCCCUCCUCAGUUAGAUCUCUCUCCUCAGGCUGCUCUAUUUCUUUUCAGAAUAUUUUUCACUUAAAAAAAAUUAAUUUUUGGUUGAUAAAAAUUUCCAUUUUUAAGAAUGCAGCUAUAUAACAGACUAUUAUCCCAACAGUUAGAAAACAUUAGAAAAUAUUUUGUUUUCUCAAAGUAACAUUUCUUACUCUGCAAUAUGAGGAUUUUCCCUCUGGGUUUCUUCUCCAGUUGAUAUAAUGCAAAACGCCUUCCAUCAGAAAUAAGGCUGGUUAAAGCUGCUUCCAGCCAGUAUCCUAAACUCUGCUUUUGUGUAACUUUGGAAAUCUUAACUUCAUUUCUUUGGUCCUUGGCUGUGUGAUUUGUGAGAGCAAAUGCAAUUCUCAGGUCUGUGAAAUAGAAGUGUAGAGAUCUGGACUGUGAGUUUGGUUAGUUGCUGGCUGUGUGACUUGGGCUAAUUUUCCUAAUCUUCUUUAGUCUUUUACCAUUUCUAUGUUUAGAGAGUCCCUUAAUAUCCAUCCCACUCACCUAACAAGAGCAGGGGAGAGAUCAGUAUGGUGAGUCAACCUGAAUGUGCUUCAUAACCAGCGCAAUGCCACGUGGAGAAAGAGGGAUGAGGGAUAAUUGGCCCCUGCCCAUGCCCAGUGCCAGCACACCUUCUGCCUCCCACCUCAUUUCAGGCCUGAUUCCUCCCAACACACAUAGGCCCCAUGUCCUUAUCUGACUGUUCAUGCUGGUUCCCAUCUGGAAUGCUUCCUUCUCCAUCUUUCUCCUCAAUUCCCAAGCUACUCUAUAUAAUUCACUCUCACAGAGCCAUUUCUGACCGCCACAGCCACCACUGGUCAACCUGUCCCUUCAUUACUUACUAUAAUUAGUCAUAUUAGCAUUUAAUUGUCUCCCUUUCAUUAUGAUUUCUUCCUCUCCUUAAUGAUGGAUAGUAAGUAACUUACCCACUUUUUUUUUUUUUGUAUGUUUUAAGGUGGCAUGCACAGAAAAGUUGCUGUCUGCCCCUCGUAAGUGAUCCAGGGAAGGCUCUCAGUCCAGGGAUUCGAGUGGGUGGGCGAGAGGCUGUGUUGACCAGUUGGUACUAGCUUACAGACUGGGAGUUAAAAAAAAAAACAAAACUAACCAUCCUCCUAACACAGAUGUAUUAGAAUAAAGAGAAAAAAAGGAAGUUAAAACUGGGUUUCUGCAUCCAUUUUUUCUGAGAUAUAGAUAUAGUUCUUCUUCAUACUCUCAAGAUAUGAGAAAAUGGAGGUCUGCAUUGUCACAGCCAGCUCUUACGUAAUUCAGAGAGCUGAUAUUCCAGUGAGUUGGGGGUUUUUUUACGAUUAAAAUGUGAGAGUAAGAAUAUGCAAAUAUUCACUCCUGCAGAUACCUAUUGCGUUCCUCUUAUAUACUGAGCCCUAGGCUAGCUGCCAGGGAUGAUAAGCAGAAAGACAUGACCCUGGCUCAUAAGAAUGCUCCAGUCCAGUGGAAAAGACAGACAAGAAGAUUCAGGGACAGAACAAUGUGCGCUGUGGCAAAGGUGUGCAAAGCAAGUGCCCGGGAAGUUUUGUAGAAAAGGAAUGUGAGCGGAGUUGUGAAAAACUUAGGAUCUAGCCAGGUCAGGAAUGCAGGAAAGACCUUGAAGAUGCAUGGGGAAGUGGUCAAGAGUGAGGUUGGCUAGCAGGAGUGGGGCCGGGUCUGGAGGAGGGCGAUUGCCACUCUGAGAAUGUCUAUUUGGUCUGAAAACCAGAAAGGGCCGUUGAGGGAAUUCAAGUAGAGGAGGUGAAGUGAUCACAUUUGCAUUUUAGAAAGAUCCUGUAUUUUUAAAAUGACUGUUGCAUACAACUAAUCACACUUACACUUUGUCAGUUUUUUCACCAGCAGGUUCUGGCCCACAGGCUUUAGAAGGUAGGAGUGCAGAAAGGGCUGGGAGUAUGCGAAGGACAUUUUUCAAUUUUUGCCCAGGGCCUUCCAAAACAGAACCGGCCAGUGUCCUGAAAAGUCUGAGACCUGAUUGUGUUACCUGGGGCAAGUCACUCCACCUCUCUGAGCCUCUCCUAGUGUAUUAAAUGGAAGAAAGUAUAUUAGGUCAAGUGAAAUCCAACUACUAGUUUAUGACAUAUAUAUAUAUAUUUAUGAAAUAGAAUAUGUCUGGGAAAACACUCCCUGUGUCUUCUUUACUCUCAUACUACUACAUUCACAAUACUUCUAACUCUGGAUGUGUGGGUUUUUUACACAACAAACAAUUCUGCAGUACCAGCUGGGGUCCUACAAUUCAGUUCAGUUCUGACACUAUCAGUCUGGAGUUAGGAUCAAAUCCUGUAAGUUAAGACUUAAGUCCCACAAGACUGUACCACUUUAAGACUCCAGUCACAAGUCUGACCAACGAUAAACCAGGGUUACUAUGACCCCCUCCUUGGGUUCAUUAAUUUGCUAGAAUGGCUCAUAGCAUUUAGGGAAACACUUCUGUUUAACCAGUUUAUUAUAUAACAGAGGAUAUGAUAAAGAAUACAGGUGAAUACCCAGACGAAGAGCUACAUAGGGCAAGAUCCAGAGAGUCCCAAGUACAGGAGCUUCCGUCCCCAUGGAGUUGGGAUGCGCCGGCCUCCUGCCAUAUAGAUGUGUUCACCAGCCUGGAAGCUCUCUGAACCUCGUACUUUGGAGAUUUUAUGGAACUGUCAUAGGUGUGACAUAGGUAUGGAUGGUCAUUAACUCUACUUCUAAGCCCCCCUCCCCCUUCCCGGAGGAUGGGGGACAGGGCUGAAGGUCCCAAGCUUCUAAUCAGAGCUAGGUCUUUCUGGUGAUCUGCCCCCAUCCUGAAGCUAAUCAAGAGCCCACCAAGAGUCACCUGCUUAGAACAAAAGACGCUCCCAUCACCCAGGAAAUUCCAAGGGAUUGAGGAGCUCUGUGUCAGGAACCAGAAUCAAAGGCCAGAUAUUGAGGAGAUGCUCCUCGUGCUCUUAUCACUUAGGAAAUUAUAAGGUUUUUAGGAGCUCUGUACUAGGGACUGGGAGCAGAGGGCAGAGACCAAUAUGUGUAUGUUCUAUUAUUUCACAAAUACAUGGGGGGAAAGCACAUAGUAAGGAUAUUAUUGUUUUCUGAAACUUUUGUCUCGGAUAUAUAUAUAUGCACGUAUUUGCACAUGUGCAUACUAGGUGGUGGUGUGAAUGUAUUUCUAAUUCCAGGAAACAGGGAUUUGAAAACUGAUGGACAAAUAAGCUCCCUUCCUAUUCUAAGACUCUUUGAUUCCCCCCUUAUACUGCUAUUAAGUUGCUGAGGGUUGUUCUAGAAGGGUAUAGGCAGUACUUAACUACUAUUGUGCCCAUGACACUGAGAUACUUAAAUAUGCAUAUAGGUCCUUUUAUAGGGCUUGUCUGUGAAAGUGCUUUCACAUUUUUAUUCUUAAAUGCUGUAGUGUUCUUUCAAGCAGUACUGUAAUGUGAAAGCCUUGCUUUUAACUUUUGUGUUGUCAAUAGCAACACCUAGUGGUAAAAGAGCCCAACUGCAAGUAUCCUGUGGUGAUCACCAAGUCCCAUUUGUAAAUUAUUAAAAACAAACUGGAAACUCACAUUUUUUUUUCCUAUACUGAAAUAUACUUCACAUGAGAAUAAAUAAAGCCUAUGGCUGCAUUAUGGUUUCUUGGAUUUCUUGGAAGCUUUUCAAAUACCCAGAAAUCACUGGUACAAGUGAGGCAAACAUUUAACUAAGCAUACCCUGAUAGAUUAACCGGGAAAUCGUAGUUCAAGAUAUCUACAGCCUUUGGUGCAUUGUUAUUUACACAUGCAUGCCAGAUCUUCAGGGGUUAGCAUGAUGCCUGGCACGUGGUAAUACUCACUAAAUCUUUGUGGGAUGUUUGUAUAUGUAGCUGAAUACUGAGCACAGGGAAAGAUCUCAUGAUCUUUCUGCAGGCACCAGGAACUGGACCUGCUUUCCUCUUUCGAGAACUGUGACCCACUCUUUCCUUUAAGAAGACUUCUUUUCCCUGACACAGCGCUGGAGUGGGAUGUGGUCUCCUCCACCCCUUUCUUCAAUAGAUUCAGAGCGAAUAGCCAGGCCCUUACCUGCUUAUUAGUAGGGAAAUGGCUAAAUCAAACGUGAUGUUGUAUGGCAGUUAAGAGGAAUGAAUUCAAUCUCCAUUCAAUCUCCAAAUAGGCAGUUCUCAUAGAUUGUUGAGUUAAAACAGAAAAUAGAAACUAGACGAUAAAUAUGCAUGCAAUUUAACACUAUUUAUAUAAAAAAUACACCAAUACCACACAUUUUCUAUAGUACGUAUACAGUAUAUGUAUGUGAAAACAUUAAAAAUGAUCUAGAAGGACACACACCAAAUUUGUAAGAGAGGUUACCUCGGAAAGUGGAGAGUGGGAACUUGAAUUGGAAGAAAUCAAAGAUGUUGGCUUUUUUUGUAAUGCUACAGUUAUCUAGCCAUAGACUGUGAAACUAAAAUUCAUUUUCAGAAAAGAUUUUAGUCCUCAUAGAUAACUUGGAAGCCAAAGAAACAUUUGAAGGAGAAAAUUUUAAAUGUGCUUAAGUGUAAAUCACCUGUGGAUAACUGCAGUUAAAUUUUUGUAUUUCUUCAUACUAAUUUAAACAUAUUUAAUUAGAGCAUUCCAUAUAUGGUUUUACAUUAUGAUUUUUCCCACUUAAUGUUAUAUUGGCAGCAUUUUCCCAUGUCACGUGGUUCUUUCAAAAAACAACUUAAAAUGACGAGUAAUCUUCUAUAUCACAAUGUCCCAACUAAUUCUCCUAUUGUUGGACUUUUAGGUUGUUUCUAAUUCUUCACUGUUUAAUUAGUAUACAUUCACUGAGCACUCAGCCUGCUGCGUGGUCAGGACAUGUGCUAGGGAGAUAGUGGUCUGUAAGGUAGACAUAGCCCCUCUCUCAGAGAGCUUUCAGAAUGUAAUGCAGUAAGAAACGUGUGCAGAGACAUUUGCUCACAUUUGGUUUCUUUAGGUUAUACUGUUACUAAGGGAAUGAACAGAUCAAAGGAUAUGGAAUGUCUUAAGACUUCCUAAAUCGUUCCCCAGUAAGGCAAUACUGAUUUAUAUGCACAGCAGUAGACUGUAUCCUACCAUUUCCCAAAAUCUUUGAAAAUAAUUUUAUUUUCCUUUGCUUUUAUUAUGGAAUUGAUCAUUUUUUUCUUCAUGUCUUGGUAAAACUUGCAUGGAUUUUCAGCUUUGUUUCUUCCCAAUAUCUAUGCAUUUCUCAAUGCUGCUAGAGUUAGCUUUCCAGUUUCUUUAUUGUCUGUUUUAUUGCCCCAUAUCUCUGUUUUUUUGCUAUCAGAGCUGACCAUCCAUAUAUUGGUUCUAUUACAAACAGAAAGCAUAGAGGUAAACAAUUAGGAUAUGUAUGUAAUUUAAAAAAUAUAUUAUGGAAAAUCUUAUACAUACUCAAAAGUAAAGAAAAUAAUAAUGAACCCUCACAUACUUAUAUAUCAGAAUCUGUAAACUACCAAGAUCUUUGCCAUAUUUGCUUCAUUUAACUUUAUAUUUGCAUAAAUAUUAUAAAGAAAAUUGCAGACAUUAUGUCAUUUGCUUUUACAGGUGCAUACUAAAUAUUCAUUUGAUCUGUUCUGACAAAUCUUACUUCAGUCUUAGAUGUUAAAACAUCUUUGGGUUCUUGUCCUCUGCUGCUUCUCCAGAGGUGGAGCUUUGCACCCUCUCUUGGAUUAUGCCUUUGCCAGUGACACUGGGGAACUUUCCUCUAAAAUGGCCCACUGUUGAACCCUCUUACACUGCUGCUGGGAAUGCAAGCUGGUGCAGCCACUCUGCAAGAAGUUAAAAAUAGAGCUACCCUACAACUAGCAAUUGCACUACUGGGUAUUUACCCCAAAGAUACAAAU